AUGACAGCAGUACUGUGGAUUCCAGUCUGGAGACCAUACAAUGCAACAGAAGUAGCUGAAACAGAAGGCCCACUUGAUCUGACUACACACAACAGAAGAAAGGCUACAAAGACAGUGCCUACAAUAUAUCAGCCACAAUACCCAGCAAAGUAUUCAGGACAUGGAGUGAUUAUGUCAUCUGUGGCAAAAGCAGCUCCUGUAACAGCUGAAUCCACUUCCUGUGAGGCUACAUCUCAAUCGCCAUUGAUUAAACGUACCAAGAAACAAAAGGGAGAACGGUUUUCAGAAGAGGGGGAAACAGGUGUGACUAUGUCAGCUAUGGGAGAAACAGCAUCUGUGUCCACCUUCCAUGAUGCAACACCAGGCAGGGCACCAACUGAAUAUACCAAGAAGCAAACAGAAGGAGAAGACAAGCAAGCAGAUGCAAGCAGUGCCCAGCAGCCUUCACCACUGCCAGAUUUUGGCAUCCUGGGGAGAUCUGAGGAAGAGUUGCUACCAUGGCCUCUCGUAACACCACAGGAUGUUGAGUACUACAUUGGUCUUCCGUUAUAUGCUAGUAUUAGCAGCUCACUGGGAGUUGCUACUUCAAUACAUGCAGAUGCAGACACAUCAGAGGAAUCACCAAGUAGAAGAGGUAAGCUGUUACCUCGAGUUUCUAAAAUUACCUUCACUAUAGACAAAAACCAACAGUAG